AUGGAGAAAGCCUCUCUACCGCAAGCCGAAGAUGAAGUUCAGCCGAUGAUCGACGAAUCAGGUCAAGCUGCCCCAUCUUCGCCGCCCAUACCAGACGACGACCACGAGGCCUUGACACGCUUUGCGGCGGAGCACGACUCCUCAUCGGAGUCAGAUCAGCCCAAGGAGGCGGAGCCUUCAGAGCCUACAGCCUUCAGCCUUUCCAGGCAUGCGCGAAGCUCCUGGACUCGUGGGAGUGAUAAAAGUCAGAUGGGAGCAGUAGCCGCCGACCCCCCGACAGCCAUGUCCAACGCUCCAACAUCGGAUCUGGCCAAGUUCCUUAAGGACAAUGCCGUCCAUGAAGUUCCCGCGCAAGCCCUGGCCCUCAAAGGACUGGAGACGGUAGAGGACCUGGCAUAUGCAUACCCCGAUUUGGCCAGCCUUGAUAGCCUCCUUUCCAGCCUCUCGGACGAAGACAUGAACGAAAUGGGAGCAGCCGAUGCCUUACAUGGAGUUCAGGCAGCCAGGCUCCGGCGAGCUCUUCGGGCAGCCCAUGGACUAUCUCAUCAAGCUCAACAGCCCUCGCCCACGCCUGCUCCGGAACCUCUGCCUUCUGUCCAAGCCGCUCUGCUGCCGCAGGCCUCGCCUACGUCUUGGAUGGAAAACCUGCCUCCGAAACUCAGCUCCGAAGCCGUCCAAGACCUCGUCAGUGACUUCAAGCUCAAUUACCCGGGGGA